GAUCGAUCUGCGGAUAUUACAAUUAAUUUUCUUUUCUGACUUCCUCGGAGAUCAUUUACUCCGGUGCUUCUACCUUAGUGGAAUACCAGUUCUCGUGCGUAUGCGCUCCCUCAAAUAACCUGUGCUUUAAGUCUCUCUUUCUCUGUUCCCCGCUUUUGCAACAACUCGCUCUUGAGCUAGUACAACUACGAGAUGACUUCCAUCGAACAACAGCUACCUCCGACCAUGUCCAACAUAGAUUUAGACAGUGUCGAGGAACAGCUCCAAAAACUUCCUGAAGAUUGGAAACCUCCCUUGGGUACCCGCGCUCAGCGGACCUUUGCGUUUCUCUGCACUCUCAUUCUUAACCAGCCCAAUCUCGAGAAAUUAUGGCAGGAAGCGAGAGAGGAAAUGGGCUGGGAGGAGUAUAACGAUCGUAUAUACCGCGACGCGAUGCGUCUCUUUGUAGCCCAAAUGAUGGUUUUUUAUGCGAGCAUAGUGUGUGUCACAACUCCACCACCUGGUGUUCAACAUUUCGAUGCCACUUCCGUCACGUAUUGUUUAGUACUGCUACGGGUCUCGUCCAUCAUCUCUGCCAUAGGACUACUUUUCCUGAAUCGCUUUUUCAAAUCAUCCUUGACGAUCAUAGAAACUGAUAAGGUGGUAAGAAAAAUUUCGAAUCAUGCAGCUGUCAUUGAUCCAAAUGAUGCUCAGGACAAGAAACCAUUCGGAUUGGGACGUUACGAUGUCUUGUAUCACAUCGGCAUGUUUCGUAUGUCGCAACUCUGUUUCGCCUACACUUUGGCAUCUACCGUGGGCGCACUUUCCAUCAUCGCUCUAGGCGCGAAUCUCAUAAACGUCCUUACAGGCGUCGUGGCUCUCGGUACAUUCGUGGAUCAUUUUUUUAUGCAGAAUCGUGUUAAGUCGUUGGAUAGUUUGUUUUUUUGCGCAUGGUUCAGUAUUUUCGCCUAUAACAGAUUUUCCACACUGGCAUGAUCGUGAUAUUUCUGGUGUUUUGCUUUCUUCGUAGAACUCUUGAUACCUGUGUAGUCGUUCCUUUAAUUCCUG